AUGUUCAGCGAUCGCUUGGUCAUUCCAUCGGAGUUCCGCAAACGUUGCCUGGACCAAAUCCACCAAGGUCAUCCGGGUAUCCAGCGAAUGAAGGCAAUAGCUCGGUCGUACGUUUACUGGUCAGGAUUAGAUUCCGAUGUAACCUCCUAUGUCAAGUUGUGCCGAAAUUGUGCCAUUGCUUCAAAAUCCACUCCAAUUUCAAAACCGUCACUGUGGCCCACUCCGAGCAAGCCAUGGGAAAGGGUUCACGUAGACUAUGCUGGACCAUUGGACGGAGAAUACUACCUGCUGGUCAUCGACGCCUUCACCAAGUGGCCUGAAAUUGUUGAGACACAUCGUACGACAUCCAUCUCAACGAUUCGCAUUCUGAAGGAUCUGUUUGCUCGGAUGGGUAUGCCAACUACACUCGUCAGCGAUAAUGGAACUCAAUUUACAAGCGAAGAGUUUCAAACGUUCUGCUUAGAAAACGGCAUCGAUCAUCUGACCACUGCACCGUUCCACCCACAAAGCAACGGUCAGGCGGAACGCUUUGUAGAUACGUUCAAGCGUGCAAUUAGAAAAAUUCAGGAGGGAAGGACAACCGUCCGAGAAGCAUUGGCCACCUUCCUUCUCACCUAUCGAAGCACACCAAACCCAUCGGCACCAGAUGGGAAAUCUCCAGCCGAAGCGAUGUUUGGCAGACCAAUUCGAACUAGUCUGGAAUUGCUUCGACCACCACCGGAACCAGAUCGAGCACCUUACCAUGAAGACCCCCACUCGCAAAGAUCCUUUGCGAAAGACGAACUCGUUUUUGCUAACAUCUACGUCAGGAAUAAGUGGAACUGGUUCCCGGGUGUCAUACUGGAGAAUGUUGGCAGAGUAAUGUACAACGUCUGGAUUGACGGAAGACAAGUGGUACGCUCGCACAUCAUUCAACUCAUUAGUCGAACCGAACAGGAACCGGAAAUUGCGACGAAAACCAACUUGCCUCUGAGCAUCCUUCUUGAUGCUUGGAACCUCCCACGUUCGCCUACAACCAACGAGUUUCCAACACAAUCAUCGCCAGUAUCAACGCAGAAUCAGCAGUCUUUGCCAUCAUCUACGCCGAAAACUUUGGUUGAUGUUCACAAGUCGGGACUCGAAUCGUCAGCUGGUCUGCCAUCACCGAUACAAGCAUCUUCGCUUACACCACCAUCGCCGGAAACCGUAUCCGGCCCGAUACCUCAACCCUCUGAAACCAGCACAUCUAUAUCAAGAUUUCAAUCUGCCAUCGAAGAACAAUCAGCCGUACAAAUGCCACGAAGAUCUUCACGUACCCGAAGAGUUCCGAGGAGGUUCGACUCGUACCGGCUGAAUUAA